AUGGCUCAUCCUGCUUGGCGAGGCACGUUGACUGGACUGUAUAACUGCACGUGGUAUAUCGGAUCCAUUGUGGCUUCGUGGGUUAUAUACGCAUGCGCAGAACGCGUGAAAUCUGAUGUCAGCUGGCGCAUCCCGCUGUGGUGCCAGCUGGUUUCUUCAGUCGUCGUCGCUAUCGGUGUCUGGUUCCUACCAGAAAGCCCAAGAUGGCUUUGCGCUCAAGACCGUAUGGAAGAAGCCACCAAGGUUCUAGGUCGUUACCACGGAGAAGGUGAUGAAUCGCACCCAAUCGUGCUUCUCCAGAUCAAGGAGAUGCAAAACCAAAUUCGUCAAGACGCGUCCGACAAGAAGGGAUGGGACUACUCUGAGCUAGUAAACACCCAUUCUGCUCGUCGAAGACUUAUUUGCGUUCUAGGAAUGGCCUGUUUCGGCCAGUUGAGUGGUAACAGCGUAACGUCCUAUUACCUUCCGGUCAUGCUCGAAAACGCCGGAAUCACAUCCCAGGGAACGAAACUUAUGCUGAAUGGCAUUUACCCUGUGAUCUGCUUCUUCGCGGCAAUCCUUGGAGCCCGUAUGACCGAUGUCGUUGGUCGCAGGCCAUUGUUGCUGUAUUCCAUAGUCUUCUGUUCAGGCUGUUUUGCUGUCAUCUGUGGCACAAGCAAGCUUGCACAACAGGAACUCGACAACAAGUCAGCAGCCAACACGACCAUUGCUUUCAUCUACCUCUUCGGAAUCAUCUUCUCCUUCGGCUGGACACCUCUGCAAAGCAUGUAUAUCGCCGAGACGCUGGCCACCUCCACACGAGCAAAGGGUACUGCCGUUGGCAAUCUCGCCUCCAAUAUCAGCUCGGCCGUUAUCCAAUACGGUUCUGGUCCUGCAUUUGCCAACAUCGGUGCUUACUUCUAUCUCGUGUUUGUGUUUUGGGAUCUGAUCGAGUUUGGUGUCAUCUACUUCUUUUGGCCUGAGACAAAGGAGCGUACCUUGGAAGAACUCUCGGAAGUGUUCGAGGCCAAGAACCCUGUCAAGAAGAGUCUAGAAAAGAGAGGAGCUGCUACGGUGCUCAACACACUCGAUGUAGACGCUUCUAUGAUCGAGAAGAUGGAGCAUUGA